AUGUCAAGUCUUAGUUCAAGAUCCGCAUUAUCCUCGUCAAGAAGUUCAGGGAUUUCAAGUCCUGGUUUACGAUCCUUACCAUUCUCGUCGCCGUCAAGGACGUCGGGGUCAUCUAGUUCGACUUCACGGCCUACAUCAUCGACCACAAGCUCGGGAACGUCAAGAUCGUCCUCAUCAUCGAGCUCUGUAAGAAGUUCAAGUUCCUCUGGUACUUCUUCGACUCCCAGGGUUCCUCCUUCUUCGACACUUAUCACCACCACAUCUUCUUUGCUAAGUUCGACUUCCACGACCGUUUCUUCCUCUACCGCUUCUUCGCAACCCACGAUGUCCUCUAGCACAGCCACGAUAUCCUCUGCCAUUACUCCUGUCAGCACAUCGUCAAUUAUCACGUUCUCUAGGGUACAAACUAGCAGCACACUUACAGCUGAAACGGCGUCCCUUACGACCUCCGAUUCUGCCCCAAAAUGCGUCCCAACAACGAAUAAAAUCUCGAACCCAAGCUUCGAAGAUGAGGUUUGGUCAUACAAUGGUCCCACCAACGCGAGAAGUUCCGGCUCAUGGACGGCCGACCCUGGACUUAACCCAGCUUUUACUGGCGAUGGGGUGACUGCACAAAAUGAAGGCGGAUCUAUUUUCCUACAUGGGAUAAUUCCGACUACUAAUUCUAGAAAUGGGUUCCAGCUUUUUGGAACCGUUCAGAAUGUCAAAGGGAAGAAUCCGUAUCGAUUAAGUUUUUAUUAUGCCCUCGGCGAAUCACAAUCAUUCAAAACCUGUGCAAUCACAAUCACGUUCGGGGCGGAACAGCAGGGCAAGCCCAUCAUGCUGGAACCUCGACCGGCAGGACAGUACAUCUUGGUAGAGCGAGACGUAAUGAUGACCCAACACACGUUUGAAUACAAAGUUUAUCCCUCUGGAUUUGGCUUAGAUAUAUUUUGUGACUCUGAUGGACUGACUCAAGUCGAUAUAUUGCUGGACAGCUUUUCACUCUUGGAUCCCAAUGAAUGUGCACCGAAGCCGACAUCAACAACGUCGGUGUCACCAUUAAACACUAGGACAAGUCCAACCACCACGAAUACGAGAGCCCCUAACGAUCCCGCGGCCACAUGUGCUCAGAAACCAAAUUCGUUUCCUCUGGAUGCUUCCGGGGCUGAAUCUGCCAAUUUUAAUAAUAUCAGGAAUGAAUCGCCAAAGAUUAUCGACAAGCCAUUCAUUCCCUGUGGACCAGGCUUCGACGACGAGUUGGAUAUUGAAUAUAGCUUCCUCGCUUGGGACCCAAGCAUUGCAGGCAAUGCCGGCGCUCUUCGAACCUACCUCGGCUUUGGCAUCACCGGCGACGUUGAGUACGCAUGGUAUACCGUUGAUGUCGCAGUUGGCAGCCUCGCGUUCACUAUGGGCUUAGUACGAGCCUCUACUAUACUCACAGGCGUUGUGGCAAGCAUCGACAGCGCCUUCAACACAGCUGUGGACAGUAUCAACCAAGUCGUCGACAUCUUUACGACAAUUACUGCAUCUAUCGGGUUUACGAUCCCAUUUGACAUGACUUCCCUCCUCGCUACGGACUCCCCGUGGGGAUCGAAUAGCAUCCCGCUGUAUUCCUCACAGUUGUCGCCUGACGAUGCUGGGUUCAGCGCCUCCAAAUCCAAACUCGAAUCCAUCAUCAGCACAUACUCUCUCGUCACAGAGCCACAGCCACGCCUCAACGUCUGGUGUAUCGAUUGUGGCGUUAAGGGUUCGUUGAGUGUGUCCGGCUCAGCUAGUGUUUCCGUCCUCAAGGGCCCAACUUCGCUUCGCCUCGAGCUGGGAGGAAGUCUCACUGCCGGAGUAUACUUGGGGAUCGAAGCAUAUGUAGAGAAGGAGGCCGAAUUCCUGAAAAAGAGAGUGUUUACUGCUGGGCUGCCCGGCUUCACCCUGCCGGGCAUCAUAACUAUCGGACCGUUGAUCACGCUGGACGUUGAUGGUAAAGCCGGCGUUUCGGCACUUGGCAGGGUUCUAGCAGGGGCAGAAGUCGAUUUCCCAGAGAUGAAAGUCGUGUUAGAUGUCAUCGACACGGGUGCUUCUAGAAUAUCAGGCUUCAAGCCCACGGUCACUACGCGAUUUGAGGCAGUUGGCGAGCUCACGAUGUCUGCAUCGCUCGGCCUCCCGAUCGGUGUAGGCGUCGGCAUAGACAUUCUCAACGGUCAGUUCACUCAAGGUAUAGCGGUUGUCUCUCGCCCAUAUAUCGGUGCUGAAGCCCACUGGAAUACGCCUACUGCGAACGAUGAAGACGGGUGCGAUGGGAUCGAUUGGAGUCUCGGUAUCGGCACAGAGUUCGAAUUGAACGUCUUUGACCAAACGUUUGGUCUCGGAGAAUUUAAAGGUCCUGAUCUAGCUUCAGGUUGUCUGGGAAAGACCAUUCCGGAGGGAGGAGAGGAGAGCACUCCUAUCAAACCCGGCGAACCCGAUGCAGUAGCCACUCCUUCUCCGAAAUCAAGCGCAAUUUAUGAGCUCCCACCCGUAGCACAACUCUUAGAAGCCCAAGGAGUCACUGCUACCCCAGCUCUUGUCCCGGGGCAAACCCGUCUUGCAGAUGUAUCGGGCAAAUUCAACCUUGUCGCCAACGACGAUGGCAACCUGUACCUCGGCUCUCGCAACCUCCCAGGCGCAGUCUUCCAGAAUAACCUCAAUCUUGUCUACGGCCCCUCAAUGACGCGCUGGUUUGCCUGGCAUCCGGACACAAUGGGCGCUUACGGCAUCUCGCGCUUGCGAGUAGUGGACGCCAGUUCAGCAGUCAAAGGUCAGAAUAUCGCGAUGCUGGCACCGGCGACGAUCGGCGGUAGAAACUUGUACAUGGCGAUGGGAACGGGGUUUGCUCCUGAGCGUCCCGACUUGUUUUACUCGCUUGCGUGGUGUAAUUCGAAUUCGUAUAAGGGGAGUAGAGUGUUUGUCGUAAGAAACUUUGAGGCGGCUAUGGAGAAAUUGAAGAGUCCUGAGGUGCAGUGGAUUGUAACGGGGGCUGAAAUAUCCCAGUGUGCGCCGUUGAUUCUCACACACAACGUUGAUCCGUUGGUGAGGGGUUAA